AUGACAUCGGGCUACUCCGUACUUCAACUAAAAGAUGACGAUGUACUAAAAAUUCUUGCAGCUCAACUUCAUAUUGGCUCCAAAGAUGUCGACUAUCAAAUGGAUACAUAUGUUUGGAAGAAAAAACCAAGAAAUGAAGGUACAUCAAUCAUCAAUAUUCGCAAAUUCUGGGAAAAGCUAACACUAGCUGCUCGAGCUAUUGUUGCUAUUGAAAAUCCAGCUGAUGUCUGCGCCAUUUCGUGUCAACCACAAGGUCAACGUGCUGUAUUGAAAUUUGCCAAAUAUACUGGUGCAACAGCCAUUGCUGGUCGUUUUACACCUGGUUCAUUCACCAAUCAAAUUCAAGCAGCAUUCAAAGAACCACGUUUGAUUAUCAUCACCAACCCAAAUGUCGAUCAUCAAGCUGUUGAUGAAGCUUCAUUUGUCAAUAUUCCAGUUAUUGCUUUCUGCGAUCCAUCAACAUGCCUUCGUUAUAUUGAUAUCGCUAUUCCAGCCAAUAACAAGGCCAAUAAAUCAAUUGGUCUUAUGUGGUGGUUUUUAACACGUGAAGUACUUCGAUUACGUGGUGAUGUCCAACGAAAUGCACCUUGGGACGUUAUGGCUGACUUGUUCUUCUAUCGUGAUCCAGAAGAAACGGAAAAAGAAGAUCAAGUUGCUCUUACUGGUCAAGAUCGUGAUAACCAAGGACAUGGAUUAGACUCGAAUUAUUACGAUGAAGGUCCAUCAAUGAUGCCAGCUGCUGGAAACUUCGCCGGCAACCAAGAAAACUGGGGUGCAUCGGCUACCGAUGGCUGGACCAGUGGUGCAGGUGGUGCAAGUGGUGCAGGUGGCGCUGAAUCAAACGAAUGGAGCGCAUCUAAUGCAGGCAACACUGGUGUCUCAAGUCACUGCCUAAUUCAUCACAAGAACAAGAACGUUGUUACUACAGCUAAUAGCAACAUCAAUAACAGUAGUAACAGUACAGUGUAA